AUGAAAACAACCCACCUCUUAUUGGUCAUUAUUACGACACUUUUGGCAUCAGCAGUCAAUGCAGACCUUUCGCAAUGGCAAGCUGUUUGUGUCAAUAAAACAUUAGGUCAAAGGGUCAACUGCAUGGACCUCCCAUUUAAUAAUCCUUUAGGACCAACACGAUUUAUAAAUUAUGGAACGACUUGUGUUCUUGAAAUUUAUGAUACAGAUACGAAUCAUCUUAACAGGAGUUGUGAAUGUGGAUCAAAAUAUUCAAAAAAAGAAAUGUUUCGCUGUUCGUCAUUUACUAGCGAACGUGGAUUCAGUGGGCCGCAGCAACUUGAUUAUCUGGAGUGCAAUCAGACAGAUGCCCUUAAUAUAGUGGCCGAAAUUGCAAGCAAUAUCAGUUGCUAUUUAGCCGAUGGAGAGUAUAUCACAACAAUUGGAGUGCACCCUGUUGUCUAUUCACGGUACUGCAAAUGUUCUUUCAACGGACAUGAACAAGAAAUGCUAAAUCAAACAGCUGUAUCUAAAAUUUCUGGUUACCGAUAUGAUCCUGAUUGGUGUUUUAGCACUAAUACGACUACACGUGAGACGGCCAAUAGCAAUGGUUGUUGCUACGGAUUAGUUUCGGUACAUGAAAUGAAAGACGUAUGUAAAAUGUUAAGUUCAGCUAAUAAGCUUUCACAUGCUCAAGUUAUAAGACAAUUGUUGAUAGUUGUUGCCCUGGCAAGUCUACUCGUAUUCUAA